AUGCAGCAGCUGCACUGGACCACGGCGUGUGGCCAGGUGUCUGGAUCUCAACACUCGCAGCAUCCCGUACCGCAAGCACCCACCCACGCUAGUCAGAAGCAGCAGCAGCCGCACUUGCAUCAGCAUGGACCUCCAGGACUGACCGCGUCUGGCAUGGGUGGCCCCGCUGCAGGAAUGAACAUUUCUUCAGGUGCCGCUGGCGGCGCGUUAGCUGCCCAUGCAAACGUCAAAAGUAACGCCUUUUAUAGCGCUCGCUUUGUGCACCCAAUUGGUCCGCUACCACAUGUUCAGAACCAGAAGCAAGUCUUUUCGGUUUCACAACAGCCUCCUGGCGCGCAGCAGCAGCAGCAGCGCUCUCCUCGAUCUCUGACAGGCCCGACCCCCAGCAGUGUCGUGAGUAGCAAUAGAAGUUGGCUGGAGCCGAGCGUGGCGCUCCGCGGCCGCGAGGCGCCGGCCAUCGCGGGUGCGAACUCCGCCGCCGCACAGACGAGCUCUGCCGUGGCCGGUGUGCUUUUCAGUGGCACACGCACAAAUUUUACGGACUUCGGAUCGGCAGCAGCGUACAGGCUCGGUGACGGCGACGUUGGCUCACCGAACGGACCUAAUCCCAACGCCGGCAGGAUCCUCGCAGAUGCAAAUGACGAGGAGGUGAACCAGCUGUUACGGGAGCUGGAAUGCUCUGUGGACAGUCCGCACGCGUUGGCGGUGCUGCGAGACGCUGUGGACGCCAUCGAAGCACGCGCGCUGGCGAACUUCGACCCUCUGUCGAGAGACACGUUUCUGGAGCAGCGCAUCCGCGAUGUCCUGGCGGAGCUGUCGCGGACGCCAAACGAGCGUUCCUUGCUGCUCGCGGUGAGCCUUAUAGAGGCGCUAAUCCCAAUCGCCUACGCCAGUCCUCACUCCAAGUACACUCGCCUUUGCCGCAGUCUAUCGGUACUGCGGCAGAGCGGGGUUGAGAAGACUGCCAGAGAAGCGCAGCGGGUGUACAAGCUCCUGUUGGAGGCAGAUGCUCGCUACCCGGGGCCGGAGCCACCGCUGAAGGCGUUUGUGCAGAAGGAGCUCCGCGAAAACUGCGAGCAGGCGCUUUUGCAGCUACACGGCCGUGUGCAGCAGGUGAAGGCAGCCUUUCCGGCGCAGUUCUUCUCCGUCAUGUUGGGCUGCGCCGCCACUGCGGAGGUGAACCCGCGCUACAUCUCUGGUAAAACUCGCGCCCAGGCGAUUCAACUCGGCAUGAUGCUCACAGGCAGCCCCGACGCGCUGCUCCGCAAAGCCGCUUACGAGUGCCUCGUCGCCAUUUUCCGAAACACAAGCAGCAUGCGACCCAACGAGCUGGUGCUGGAGAGCCGGCGUCUCUGUGAUGAAUGCAUGCGGGCUCUGAACGCGAGUCAGCACAACGAGAGUCACAUUGUAUCGGCCCUGAAGGCGCUGCACGCCCUCCUCAGCAGUCGUGGGCUCUCGGCAAUCGACAGGCAGGUGAUACCGCAGCUGUGCGUGCUCGUCACGGAGCAGCACCGGGUGUCCAAGUCGCUGCAGGUGCGCAGCGCAGUGUGCGAUCUCGUGCCAGCCAUUGCACCGGUCGACAUUGCGUCUACACCGCGCCGCACCACGUACUGCGCUAUCAUCAUGGAUCCCGUAAAGAACGUUCGCGAUGAACGCUUCAAGGCACACGAGUUACACAAUGUGGCCUCCUUUAUCCGCAGUGUGGGGUAUCGCGUGCUUGACACGACAAAUCGUACAAACUUGGAGUCGAUCUUGCAUCGCUACAUAUCCCGCCCGGAGACACAGGAGGCGUGCUGGUCCAUCAUGGCAGCCAUCUGCGCGUCCUCGACCUUGGCCAGCGGAGGCGCGACAUCGGUGGCGCCCAUGGGUGGACACCACGGAGACCACGUCAGCACAUCUACCACACUACCGAGCCCCACAGUGCAGAACGCCAAUCAAAACCUCUCCUUAUCACCCUCCAUGGCUGAGGCACACAACACCUCGUGGUACUCCAGCCGCGACAACUUAACAACCUCGGCGCACUUCCAGCCGCAGCUGCGCUCCGGUAGCGAAACGAGCACGUCCUCGCCCUCGGCGCUUCAGCGGCACCUCUUGUGCCACAACGGUGACGACAACGACGAUCAGGCCAGCGCCCCAUUUAUCUCCGUUGCGACAGCCUCACAGCGGUCGGCAGUCACGUGCUCCCUCAGUCCCUCCCCUACCUCGACCAACGCACCGGUUUUCAACGCCUCCAGCUUCAGCGGACACCAAACCGUGACCAUUGACGACGUUGUACAGCGCUGCCUACCGUACCUUGCCCACGCCACCUUGACCCAGUCCCUAGUAGACUCUCUCCGUGCAAUACAAAACUCGUGUCCUCAGUUGCGCGCCGAUGUGCAGACAGCCCUGGACAAGCUGGUGGAUAGCGUGCUGAAGGAGCCUUUCGCACCAUUGGCGGCGGUGGCCACAUCGCCCCAGCCUACAACCCAGCUGUCGAACUCCACUUCGCAACAGCCGCAGCGGCAAAACCACUCCUUUCACAGCCGCGAUGGCGGCGAUGGUAACACCGGUGUCUUUUCGAGCGCGGCAAGCAACAAUGCCUCUCGCGCUGUCCGGUCUCACCCGCUCAGCUCCGGUAGUGGCUCGGAGCCGGUGAUGACGGUCUCUCGGCCAGGGACAUGCAACGCACCAAUCGGUGGUGGAGCAGUGGGGCGACUCACACAGUACUUUCGGCCAGGCGAGAGCGCGGCAAUGCACCGACAUGAAGGCAGCACGAGCAGCGUGACCCCGAGCUCAUCGGGGGCAGUGCGCUCCACCGCUGGUCCUCCUCUCUCGGGGAACAGCAGCUUUCUGGGUUCCGACACUGCCUACACCGUCGGCAGCGGCGACGCGAACAGCGGCGCCCCGUACGGUGCUGGCGGACCACUUCACUGCACCCCGCUCACCGCGUCGAUCGGCCCGCCCUUCAGCUCCGUACCACACACAGUGCCAGGAGACAGCGGCGCAGGUGGAGGAAACGCCGCAGCAGCAUCGCCGCCAGCGAUCAAGAACGACUUGACUGUGGCACUAAAGGUGUUCACAGAACGGCCCCUAACGUCAGUACAGCAUCUGCAUGAUCUUAAGAACUUGGUGAUUGCCUUUCAGCGUCACGAGGAUCCACUCGUACGGCAGCAGAGCAGCGAGACGAUCAUAUCGAGUCUGCGGCAGUGGAUAGCGUACGCGAAAGAGCACAAGACCUCCACCUACUCCACUCGUGUGACAGAGAUAUUGGAAACGUAUAUGAAGAAUGUCCUGAUGGAGGUCGACCGCCAGUGUGGGUUGUACGAGAUUACGCUGCUGGCGAACGCCUCGAACCUGCGCCCUUUCUUAUCGGAGCAACGCAUCCUAUCCUCACUGCUGAGUUUCUUGAACAGCACAGCACUGGUGCGCGAGAAAACGGUGGAGCUGCUCGUCGCCAUCACGCAGGACUCCAAGCCUUCCCCCUCUGUCGUGGCGGUGCAGCAGAGCCUGUACGUCAUCGUUGAGUCGUGUGUUGUGGUGCUUGAGUACACGAACGACGUGGGCAUACUUCUGCGCAGUAUGGCUGACCUGCAAACCUUUACUCGACUGUGCAUUCGUCAACUUAACAACCACCUUAGCCGCGUCUUCUAUGCCUUUCGCAAGCGUCUCUUAGAGGUCAGCGUUCCAGACGUAGUGCUGCUUUCCAUUCUCAAGACGCUCGAAGCCAUCCUGCAGGCGCUGACGAAAGAUGAGAAGGCUAUCUUGCAGUACCAGGACGACGUUCUGGAGCUCUACAACCCAGUUGUGGAGAUACUGAAGCAGUCACCGUCCCCGACACUGAGCCAUGCUGCCAUCAACGUUCUCGUGCACAUGCACGAAAUGUGCAUCCCGAGUUCCUCGACAGAUCUACGUAAGCAGCAGGAGCUCAUCACCGCGCUGACACACGUCUACACCGGCAGCUCCUGCACUGUCAACGAAUCGCUGAGUAUGCUCACGCUAUUCGGACAGCUCGGUGCCAUCGAUCCCUCCGCGCAGCCCGUCGCAACAACCGCAAAGAAGAAGGAAGAGGCUGUUAUCCAGAAUGAGGCUGACCUGGAGCUCACCUACGACUACACAGUGAUCGUAUACCGCACGCUGAGCCGCGUGCUGGACGCGUCGCUUUCCGACGCCGUCUGCUCUCAGGCUCUGCGCACCCUGCUCCAGUUCAUCCGUUUCACACAAGAUAAGAAGGACCUUGUCGGCGGCGUCCACGCCGUGCGGGCGGUGCUGCAGAUCGCAAAGCGCGCCACGGAUAGCCCGGCUCUUCGGGUGGAAGCGCUGCACGUCUUGGCAGCGGUUACCGCCAUGCGGCACGAGCGUAUCGUGCGGCUAAUGUUGCCUGAAAUUGUGGUCCUGCUGGAGCAGCUGUGGACUCCAAAAGACCGCCCGCUCUUCCGCGCUGUUCUGGAGGUGGUGGGCGCGCUCAAGCCAGGCAAGCUGUCCGGCAAGGAUCAGUCGGAGUCGUGGGCGUGGCUGUAUCCGAGGCUGGUGGACGUGGCGCUGCAGGACCGCACUGAAUCGCGCGAGUUCUGCCUCCGUGUUGUGGAGAUUGUGCUGAAUACUAGCUACAUUCCGCCACACUGCAUCCCUGUCGUGUUUCCGAUGCUACUGCACUUCCUGCAGCAGUCCGAUCAGCUGGUAGACGUGCGCAGCCAGUCCCUCUGCGCUGCCGUGCACAUCGUGUGCGAGCUCAAGGCGGUGCAGUUCUUCUCGUCGCUGCUGCACGGCAUCUGCAUCCUAACGCGGCACUGCGAGCUGAACGAAGAUCUCGGCCCGCGCCUCUCCACCCCAGGGGUGCGGGAGUCGCUCAAGGUAUUGGCGGCGCUGCAUCCCAGCGGCCGCGGCACGAUCAAAAUGCUGCGCGACCGCAUCGGUGAAGGGGAGGAGCACAUGACGAACCCGACCAGGUCCUCCAUAUUCAACGCCAUGAACAUGCCGGCGGCUAGCGUAACGGACCUCGCCGGCAGCGGCGCUAACUCCUCGAUACCCCCCGGGGGGCCAGUGGCAGGCAGUGCCAGUGGCGGACUGGGAGUGGCGAAUCCAGGGAGUUCAGGGAUUGGUCCGCUAGUCAAUAUCAGCGGCUUCGGCGCCCCUACCACCGGUGGUGGCGCAGCAGCAGCAGCAGCGAGCGGGGCGGCUGGAGGCGGGUCAUAUCUGCGUCGCACAAACGUGCCGGAGACCUUUGGGGGAACGGGGGAGGAAGACAUGGCGCCGAAGUUCAGAACCGACACAGCGGGUCAAGAAAUCGACCUCUUCAUGAAGCAUGUGGAACUGGGCUUCCGCCUCAAGGAGAGCAAGCUGCGCGAGUGGUUCGCCGAGUUCCAGAAGUACAUCAUUCUCGUCUCCCCGCACCCGGCGUUCCGCAUGAUGGUGGACCUCCUCGACAAGCAUGAACCCCUGCGUCGGGGACUAUUCUUGCCUUCGUUCAAGUGCCUUUACGAGUCCCUGUCAGCUGACCAAAUCAGAAAGCUGAACGAGAUGCUGACCCUCGUGCUGAAUUGCUCUGAUCAUGAGUUGUCGAGCAAAUGUCUUGGCCUCGCUGACUACCUCGACCAUAACGAACCGAACGUAAAGCCGGAUGUGCUCGAGGUGGUGCGGUCGAUGCGGCGAGUCGAUUAUCAUCGCUUCAGUCAUCCCUCCGAGAGCGGGUCACUUCUGCUGCGCAGCACGACGAGUAGCACGAACAACGUUGUCUCUCUGCACACCCGCAGCUCCGCGUCAACAGGGCUGCCCAAGGUGGAGCUCUCCACUUCCAGCGAUGCACCCAUCGAUCCGCUACACAUGGCGAAGGUGCGCGGACGGCAAGGGGGGACUCUCCAGCGCAGCUCAAACGGCGGUACCGAGGUAGCAGGCGAUGAGGCCGGCAGUGGCGGCUCAACACCACUUACCACUCCCUCCAAUAGCGCAAACGGCCACCGCAACGCCUCUGGCCGUGACACGGGCAUGUACGAGUUCACCUCGCUUGAUGACAACGAGAAUGCGGAGACCAGGACUGAACGGCAGCAGUCGCAGCACGUAGACUCGCCGAUGUUACAGGGAUCGGCCCAGGAGGCAGCGGCGGAGCAGCGCAGCUGCUCGCCUGUGGAAACGCUCAACGGAGACGACAGCGAGAGCAAGCCGGAGGGCUCGAUGGCCCCCACCAACGUCGUCCAUCCGUCGGCUAGUGUGCUGGGCGGGGCGGGUGUGCAUGUCAUGGGAAGCUAUAGGCCCCUUGUGAACUCCAUCGUGUGUCGCUACGACUCUCACGCGCCGCAACACCCGGCGACGGCCACUCAGUUUCACGUCAUCAGCACCGCUACCACUCACAGCAACGAUCACAGCACUGAAAGCUGCAACACUGAUGUGCACCUUGUCGGGGCGCACAUCCCAGCGCAGCCGAACAUGCUCUUCUCGACAGAAGACAUUGUGUGCGCUGCAGAGCGAACCCGUAUGUAUGACAAGGCGCUCAGCUACCUGGAGAAUCGUCUUCUGGCCAUGCUCAACCUCUACCGGAGCACGAAGAUGCCACAGGAGGUUAUUCACAAGACGGUCUGGCCGCUGGCGUGGCUCUACAGCCAGCGUGAAAUGCAGGACUCCGUCGUCGGACUCUUCCGCGCUAUUCGCUACGAAGGCGGUGAGGACCAAGCAGGCUUCGGCUACGAGCUACUGUGCUGGUGGAGCAAGGCGCAGCACACAUACGCGAAGUCCAUCACACAGCAGGCGAUGCGCGAUAUGACAGUACCGCCACACAUUCUAGAAGGCUACGUGCGCACCCUCACCCUGUGCGGUGAGUGGAACCGGGCCUAUGACGUAGCCAUGCAGGUCAGCGCACGGCCGGAGGCGUACGUGUCCUCGACGGUCGCACGCUGCGGUGCAACGGCGGCGUGGCUACUCGGACAAUGGGACGACGUCCAACACCUCGCGGAGCGGCUCUCCAUGUCAGAGCGACACACCACAGCGCUUCGCCUCUUCUUUCUCAACGGUGUGGCGCUGAAGAACGCCAUUACGGAGCACAGCAGCGCCGCCUACGAUAGCCUGCGCCACAUGAUCACAGAGUCAAAACUCGUGAUUGAUGAGAGCCUGCGCACUCUUCUUCCGCUCAGCUACAUGCACGCCUACGAGAGCUUGACCAUGCUACAGCACUUCACGGAGAUGGAGGAGAUCAUUGACUACUGCCACUGCCGCUCCGCCAAGGGCCGGCAGCAGAUCUACGAGCGGUGGAACAACCGGUUCCACUCACUGAAGCCGGACUCCCUGCAGCCGAGCCUGCGCUCGCUGAUGCUGCACUCGCUCGUGCUCAGCACGGACGAGAUGGCAGACAUGAUUCUGCAUUUCUGUGAGACCCGGCAGGCGAGUCACCCACAGCUGACGGAGUGGGCCAUGAACUGGCUUCGGCACGGCUCCUUCAGCGAAAGCAGCAGCAACGUUGUUAGCACGAGUGCAGCAUCACCUGGGUCAGUAGAAGGCAUCACGGCGGCGAGGCUGUCGUCGGUGGACAAGAAUCCGAAGGUGGCCGUCGGCUUCAUCACGCAUCUGUGGAGUCAAGGAAAGCGGCAGGCCGCCGUUGAGUCCAUGGAAGUGUUUCUGCGCGACUGCGGCAAGGACCUGGUGGAGAACAACCCCGCAUGCUACGGGGACGCGCAGUUGCGGCUCGGCACGUGGAAGCAGGAGUUGCACGCCGACUCCUUCUGGCAGCGUGGCUUCCGCGAGGAGGAACUGGGCCAUUUCCACAAGGCCAUCCGCGCAGUCCCAUCGAGCUACGAGGCGUGGCACAGCUGGGGCCUGAUGAACUAUCGCAUCCAGCAGCGCGACCACAAUCUUUCGCCAGAGGACCAGCGCACCUUCGUGGAGGCGGCGCACCAGGGCUUUGUUAGCGCUAUCUGCCGUUGUAUAGACUCCUCCGAGGCGCUACCGGCCGUCAUGCGUCUGCUGCAACUGUGGGUGAUCCACAACGGAGUGGCGCUUCUGAAGGAGACGGUGGCUGACAGUAUAUCACGCAUCCCGAUUGAUCACUGGGUGCAGACCAUUCCGCAGCUUAUCGGCCACCUUAGCAGCGACAGUCACGACAUCCGCGAAGUGAUUGGCAUGAUCCUGCGCUCCCUCUGCGAGGUGCAUCCACAGGCGACUGUCUUUCCGCUCCUCGUGGUGAUGAUGUCGGACUCCAGCAGCAGCAGCAACAGCGCCGUCAACAACAACGGAGAUGAGACUAUUAUAGUGCCGGGUGCACCCUUCAUGUCCGACAGCUCGAAUCCGAUGGCGCGGAAGCAGGAGAUUGUGCAUGGCAUCAUCCAGCACUGCCCAAAGCGCAUCUUCCAUGAGGCCGAGGCGGUGGCGAAGCUGCUUGUGGAUGUGUCCGCCAUUCCUAUCGAGAAGAUUCGCGAGAACCUGAGCCAGGUCGCCGCUGCGUGGAACCCGAACGCCGAGUACGAGGAGGACCCUGAAGAGGUGUACCGCCGUCUGCAGAACACGCUCGACAUCUUCCACGCCAAUCGGCGUCACCUUCUCUUCACCGUCGGCGACAUCGGCCAGUUUGUGCAGAUGGUCAUGGAGGACGACCGAAACGGGCAGCGAGAAAAAGCGGCGGGCGUUGUCAGCCAACUCAUCGAGGAGAUCUCGAAGCACGUGGCUGAGAAGCUGGGGCGCGAGCCGCAGAAGGCGAUGGAGCCGCUGCUGCACCUGCGCAACCUCUCCGUGGCUGUAUUCGGCGAGUACGACGGUCACUGCUGCGAUCAUUAUCCAACUAUCGCGUCCUUUAGCUCCAAGCUGGACGUCAUCCCGUCGAAGAAGCGACCGCGCCGCAUCCAGCUCAACGGCUCGGAUGGCUGCCUCUACACGUACUGCCUGAAGGGCAACGAGGACAUCCGCAUGGAUGAACGUGUCAUGCAGCUGCUUGGCAUGGUGAACGUGCUGCUGAGCCACACCCGCAUCCCGAGCAGCGCGUACAUCCACCGCUUCCCUGUCAUCCCAAUCAGCUCCAACGUGGGGCUGCUGGGCUGGGUUGAGAACGCAAACACGAUCAAUAACACCAUCUGCAACUAUCGCACCAACAUCUCGAACGUGCGCACGCAUCAGGAGUCGAGCGUGCUGCGCGCGUACGUUGGGUCGUUCGGCAACUGGGACAAGCUCAGCCUCAUUCAGCGCACAGAGAUACUGGACUUUGUGAUGCAGAGUGAGCACUGCGAAGCUGUUGACGUUUCUCGAGUAAUGUGGCACCGCGCCAACACGGCGGAGCAGUGGCUUGACCGCCGAACUGCCUUCACGGUGUCCUUGGCGACCAUGUCCAUGGUAGGCUACGUGCUCGGCCUUGGUGACCGGCAUCUCGGCAACAUCCUCAUCUCCAUGUCCUCUGGCAAGAUUGUGCACAUUGACUUUGGCGAUAGCUUCGAUGUCGGUCGACUGCGCCAUGUUCUGCCCGAGACGAUCCCGUUCCGUCUCACGCGCAUGCUGACGAACGCGAUGGAGGUCUUCGGUGUGGAUGGCGUCUUCCGCGCCUCCGCGACGCGCACGCAGACAACACUGCACAAGAACCGUGAUAGCAUCAUGGCGUUGCUCUCCGCCUUUGUCCACGACCCGAUCGUGCAGUACAAGGGCAAGAUGAAGAACAUCAUGGAGAAGAGCCGGUCGCCGCAAGACAUUGCAGAGCGUAUUCGUAACAAGCUGCGCGGGAUGGAGAUGGCGAUUGACCACAGCAAGGUGAAUAUCUUCAACACCACGCAAGAUAGCUGCCGCCGGCCAGACCUCCUGUACAUGUCAACUGCCUUCGACGACACUGCCGUGCGGACACAGUCGCUGGCGAUGACGCCGGAGGAGCAGGUGAGCUUCUUGAUUGACGAGGCGACGCGCGUCGACAACUACACGACGAUGUACUUCGGCUGGGGCCCUCUGUGGUAG